UUGACAAGAAAGGAAAUUUCACGACUACCUACCAUAUUUUGAACCGCUUGGCUCUUGCAUUCAGACAAAGCGGGUGGAUCUGGAAUAGCGACUAUUGUCUAGAAGUAUUUUCCUGACCGACACUUUUCCCCCCUUCCGGGAUACGACUGGACACCCACAUUCCACCAAUUCUCCUAUUCCCGCCAUCAUGUCAGGUACCAUGUAUGAUGACCAAGCUUAUGCACCCUCGCGUCGUCAUUCACUCGCGACUCCUCCUCAGUCCAUGAACCCGCGAAAUGGCCGGACGCGCAGCCAGAGCGUCCGAGUCAGCAACAGCACCGUCAGCACAAACACCAGUGUCUCGAGCGGAAGGAUGUCGGAAGCCACAAACAUCACGCAGCCGCCGGCAUAUUCCAAAAAGUUCGUGGUAGUGGGCGAUGGUGGAUGCGGAAAAACCUGUCUCUUGAUUAGUUAUUCGCAAGGUUAUUUCCCGGAGAAAUAUGUCCCUACCGUAUUCGAGAACUACAUCACACAAACUACUCAUCGUGCUUCUGGAAAGACAGUCGAGCUCGCUCUCUGGGACACUGCGGGCCAGGAAGAAUAUGAUCGUCUACGGCCGCUGUCGUAUCCAGAGACAGAUCUCCUCUUUGUUUGCUUUGCGAUUGACUGUCCCGCCUCGCUAGAGAAUGUGAUGGACAAGUGGUACCCUGAAGUCUUACAUUUUUGUCCGACCACCCCGCUCAUUCUGGUGGGCCUGAAGUCAGACCUUCGCAACAAGAGAACAUGCAUCGAGCUUCUUAAGACACAGGGUUUAACGCCGGUAACGCCAGAGCAAGGUGAAGCAGUGGCGCGUCGCAUGAAUGCAUCCUACGUGGAAUGCAGUAGCAAGGAGAUGCGUGGCGUCGACGGCGUCUUCAGUCUGGCGGUUGACACGGUUAUUUCUGCCGAAGAACAGGACUUUAGCGACCGCCAAACGUCAAGCGCUGGGAGCAAACCCCGAGUUGGGGGCGGCGGCAAGAAGGUCAAGAAGCGUAGCUGCAAGAUCCUGUAAGCGGUGGGCUUGUUUGUGUUCUCUACUCACUUUCCCGACUUCUGUUGGACUGUCUUUCAUCCUUGAUUACCCCGAACUUUCUAUUACCCUCUUGAAAACUCAUGCC